GAGACUGUGAGGGCCUAGUCCGCGGUUUCCGUCAAAACUCCCCGGCCUUCCCGGAAACGCAGAACGAGACGGGAAGUGGGCGGGCAGCGCCCGCAUCGAGAUCGGAGAUAAAUUGAGGACCGGCUGACGGAGUAGCUCAGUUCUGUGCACUUCAUCGCUUCAUCUGCGGCCGCACCAGACGAACUCUCUCUCCUGCUACGAUGGCCCGCGGUGUGUUCCUGUGCUUGUUGGUGGCGGCCUGUAUGGCCGGCGGGGCCCUCGGCUGCUCCUGUAUGCCGACCCACCCACAGACUCACUACUGCUUUGCAGACUUCGUUGUCCGUGCCAAGAUUAUGGACGGCCCCCAUCUCUACAACCCGGACGGAGUGCCCUCCCCUGAGCCGGAACCGGAGACAGAUGGUCUGGUCUACGAGCUGCCGACUGAUGCCAGCUUGGAAAGGACAACCCUGCCACCUCUGCCGGCUGAUGACGAUGCGCCAUCUACCGACGUCCACAGGUACAGUAUCUCCAUCAAUAAGAACUUCAAGGGGCAGCUAGGAAAAGAUGUGGACCCUUCCAGCGUGUACACCAUGGCAGAGACGUCUCUGUGUGGCAUUGAUAUGGAACUCAAGUCUGGACAGCUCUACAUUUUGGCAGGUUACAUCUAUAAGAACAAGAUGCACGUGGGGCUGUGUAACUGGGUCAGUCCGUGGGAAGAAGUGACAGAGAAGCAGAGGCGUGGACUCAAGUACAUGUACAGAGACAACUGCGAAUGUGCGAUCCAGCCUUGCUUCCCCGGGAAGACGUGCAAACCUUGGGACGAGCAGACGUGCCUGUGGGACGACAUGUACACCACCGACUGCUCCAGUCGCCUGAGCGCGUGCGUCAAGAGCUCCGACAACACCUGCAGCUGGUUCGUGCACAAGGCCAUGCGGGACUGCACCAACCCCAUCUCUCCCGAGGCUGCUGGCAACAUCCCUAACGUCCCGGAGAUCCCCCGGCUACCUGAAGUGGACGAGCCCUUCUACCCGCAGGUGGAAACACACAAGCCUCUUGUGCCGCUCCACGGGGGCGAAAGUGACGUCAACCGCGAGAACGAGCGGUUCGAAGACGGCAGCAACGAGGUGGACCCCGUCGGUCACCCGGUGGAGAAGGCGGACGAGCCGAUAGAUGCGGAGAAGGCGGCGUAUGACUACCUGGACGAGCCCAUAGAUGUGUGGUUAGGUCGCUGGGACAUCGACGGGGACGCCCCCUGAGAACCCACCGCCAUGAUGAUUUUCCCCAACCCCUGAAAUUAUCUCCCAUGAAACUAAACCACUAUUUCGGUUAACCUUCGUAUUACCUGUAACGUUACUAACAUUGUGAUUUUGAGAAUGUCGAUCUUCAUUUGGCUUUUGUUUAAAAAAAGCAGAUAUCUUUGUAUUAUAGGAAUAUUUUUUUCAUAAUCAUAAGGAAAAUAUUAUUGUUUGGAAUUGUAUGAUGACGAUAAAAUGGAAUAAGGGCUUGAGUGCUAUAACAUGAUGUGAUCAUGAUUGCUUUUGCUAGUUGCUGCCUUGCUCAUAGCAGCGGUGGAGAUAUUGUAAAUACCUGUGUAGGAGGAACUUUUGUAUGAGUCAAGCUAAGACAGUUGCGCUAUCAUUUAAGUGUACCGAACGCACAUGCACAGUGAAAUUCAGGAAGUGUGCUUAAAUCUGCUAUCGAAAACGAACAAAAAUCAUGAAAUGCCCCUCCUUUAAAACCCUUAUGAGUCUUUUAUAAAGUCAUAUUCACUAUCUGGAUUUUGUACGAACUACGAAGUUACCAACACGCUUCACAAAUAGGCGUCGUCUGUGCUGACCGCAAGACCACCAAAUAAAGGCUGAAAUCUA